AUGAGGGCAGAUUAUGCAAGUUUUGGAGAUGUUGUUUGUUUUGACACGACGUAUAGAAAGAAUAAUAAAGGCCGUCCAUUUGCAUUAUUUGUUGGAGUGAAUAAUCAUAAACAGACUGCAAUAUUUGGGGUUGCUUUAUUAUAUGAUGAAACUGCUUCAACAUUUGAGUGGUUGUUUGACACUUUUGCGAGAGCAAUGUCAGGAAAAAAACCAAAUACUAUACUUACGGAUCAGGACGCAGCAAUGGCUAAAGGACUAAUUUCUACAUGGCCUGAAACACGUCACCGUCUUUGCAUAUGGCAUAUAUUUCAAAAUGCAGCUAUUCAUCUCAGUCAGGUGUUCGAAAGUUUUAAACAAUUUGCGAAUGAUUUCAGUAAAUGUGUAUAUGAUUUUGAUGAAGAAGAAGACUUUAUAUCUGAAUGGAAUACUAUGUUGAAGAAGUAUGGUCUUGAAGACAAUGAUUGGUUAAAACGUAUGUUUGAGAUUAAAGAAAAAUGGGCAUUGGUGUAUGGAAGGGAAACAUUUUGUGCAAAUAUGACAACAGCUCAAAGGAGCGAAAGCAUGAAUAGUGUGAUAAAAAGGUAUGUAACCUACAAGAAUAAAUUUCAUGAGUUUUUCAAUCAUUUUGAGAGGUUAGUUGAUGAUCGGAGAUAUAAAGAACUUAAAGUUGACUUUAGAGUAUAUAUGAGUACUCCAGUACUACCAUUCGAUGUUGAUGUUUUGAAACAAGCUACAAGUGUUUAUACUCCUGAAGUAUUCAAAUGGUUUGAAAUUGAGUGGGGUAAAUCUUAUGAUUGUGGUAUAAUCACCUACAGUGAGGUUGGAACAGUGACAGAAUAUAAGAUCACUCCUAAAGGCAAAAAAAACUAUCAUAUGGUUAGAUUUGAUUUAAUAGGUGAUCAGAUUUCAUGUAGUUGCAAGAAGUUUGAAUUCUCUGGGAUUUUAUGCUCUCAUUCUCUGAAAGUUCUUAAUAUAAGAAAUAUCAUGAAGAUCCCUAGUCAAUACAUAAUAAAGAGAUGGACCAAUAAAGCAAAAGCUGGAUAUGUUAAAGACAACAAUUGUUGCAAUAUCAAUAAUGAUUUGGAUCCGAAAGUGACUUUUACGAAGCGUUACAGAGAUUUGUGUAGACUAUAUACUCAAUUGGUCACAAAAGCUGCUCAAGCAGAAGAAACUUAUAAAAUUGCUAAAGAAGGCCUUUUGAAAAUAUUGGAUUUGGUUGAUGCAAGGUUACAUCAAGAGGGGUCGAGCAAUGAGAUGUCAAAUGAAGCAAAAGUUUCCAACCCCACAAAUAACACUACUAAUGCAAGUGGUAUCAAUAUCAAUGGUAUUAAAAAAAAGAUGAAGACUAUUUCAGGCAAGAGAUUGAAGAGUAGUCUAGAAAAGGCUACUAAGAGAAGAAGGUCAACCAAAAAAAGUUUGCAAAAUAGUAUAACUAUGGAGUUACCAGCGUCAUCACAUAAUGAGCCUAUAGGAGAUACUAUAAAUAUUGUAUCUACGAGGUGCAGUAUGCAACAGCAUGGAUUACAAGAGUUUGUGAAUUUGGAUGUUAAUCAACAAAAUUAUGGCCAGCUAUGCACUUUCAGUUCCAUGAACAUGACUGGCUUACUCAAGGCACAAGAAUUACAUGGUUUCGAAGGAGCGAAAAUAAAUCAGUUCGAGUUGAAUGACAACUCUUGCACUAUGGGACAACAAGUUGGAGUUGAUUGCAAUGAUAGAUGCUAUGCUCUGACAAAGAACCAACAGGACAAAGUUCUUGUUGCAAUUUCCCUGCUGCUCAUGUUUCUGCUUCAUAAAGUCCAGAAAGAAGAGUUAGAGAAAUGGGUUUUGCAAGACAUAAUAAGAGGUCUCCAACAUUUGCUUCAUGGUGCUUUAGAUCUUUCCUCGUGGAAAAUUAGUGCAGCAUCUCCUGUGCGGGAACUCAUUCCUCAGAUUAAUACAUUACUUGUCUAG